CGCCCAUCGCUCGCCGCCGCCACGUCUGCUGUGCAUCCAUCCCGCCCGGGCAGCACCUGCUCCCUUCUCGCCAUCACUUCUUGAUGUUUGCCAUCGCGGGCUACUACUAGCCCGGGGAGUCCUUCUCCGGGAAUUCCCCCACCCCCUUCCCACGGUCCAGGCUUCCCACGGCUCUCUGGCUCGAUUCUCCCCGGAGGACCCUUCUUCUCGCCGGCGUGGCUGAUUGAUUGAUUGAUUGAUUGAUCUCUCCGUUCCUUAGGAGCCAGUGCUGAUUGGGGCUGCCCCACACCCCCAGCCCAGCCCUCUCUCUCUCUCUUUUCGACCCGAGCUCCUUCCGAUCUCCCAGUUUCACGAUCUCCGCCCCGGUUCAUACGGCGCGCCGCCACCCCUCCCUGGGGAUUUCAUAGCCAGAGAUGGCUUGAAGGAUCAGAUGGUGAAAUUUCCUCUUAUAGGUUGAGCGGUGUGUUGAUCUGAGUCGAAAGAGAAGGGUUAAAACAUUUUUUUACACACACACACACACACACACACACCAUCCCAGCCCUUCGGUGUCUGUAGCCAAUUUGGACUGAACAUCACAGAAGAGAAGAGGAAGGCUUUUCCACCUGGCUGUGGCAGGGUGAAGAGAGGAAAGGGUGGGGGGAGAAAAAGAAAGGGAAAUAAAUCCACAAUCUUGGGAAAUAUCACUUGAAAGAAGCGGGGGGGGGGGGGAAUACCCCUCUGUGAUCCGAGUUCAGAUGGGUCUUGGAAAGAAACCUUGGAUUUCUUCCUUCUUUUUGGACUCCAAAAAAUCCCCUUUAACUCCUGGAAGUUGAAUGGUGGUCGCUGCAGAGCGGUUUUCGAGAGAAGAAGAUAAUCAUCAGCAUCAUAAAUAAUACCCAGACUGGCUGAUUUCCGAUUCAUUUCUCAGGAGCAAUUAUUUUAACAUCACGGCAGCAAUUUUUCUGGACCCACCGGCUGUGGAUUUUAUAUGUGCUUCCAAACAGAGCGGGGGGGAGGGACACAAAAAUUGAUUUUUUUUGGUCGCUUUUUUUGGUGGGAUUUGUUCUUCUUCGUUUUGUCUUUAUCCGAUUCCUGGACCAAUAUUGAUCGUCCAUCCAUGUCUUUUCUGUGUCAUGAGACUGAAGAUGUCUUAGCUGGGUUGUGACUCCCCCUCCAGUUUGAAAAGCCUACAUAUAUGAAAUGGAAAAUCGAGGGCUCUUCAGCACCCUUUGUUACCUGAUGUUUAAUGUCCCCUUCUUGUUCGUGGCUCAAGCUACAUUUACAGAAGUUCCGAAAGAUGUGACUGUUAGGGAGGGGGACGAUAUUGAGAUGCCUUGUGCUUUCCGGGCCAGCGGAUCCACCUCUUACUCCCUGGAAAUCCAGUGGUGGUACCUUAAAGAACCCGCCCGGGAGCUUGCCCAUGAAUUAGCCAUCAGUGGUCCCAGCAGCAGAAGCAAGGUAACGAACAAGGAUGCAACUAAAAUCAGUACGGUGCGCGUGCAGGGCAACGACAUCUCGCACCGGCUGCGGCUGUCGGGGGUCCGGCGGCAGGACGAGGGCGUCUACGAGUGCCGCGUGUCGGACUACGGCGACGAGGACACGCAGGAGCACAAAGCCCAGGCGCUGCUGCGCGUCCUGGCCCGCUUCGCCCCGCCCGACGUGCAGGCGGCCGAGGCGGUCUCGCACAUCCAGAGCAGCGGUCCGCGCAGGGCCAGCCCGUCGGGGCGAGCCACGGCCGAGCCCGGCCUGGGGGACAAGCGCCUCUUGCCGGCGCAGGGCGCAGAAGCAGCCGCCGCCGCCGCCGCCUCCUCCUCCUCGGCAGCCUCCUCCCCGCCCGGCGCCGCCUCGUCGUUCUCUUCGUCCUCCUCGUCCAGCACCACGACUAUGGCGGCGGCGGCGGCGGCGGCGGCCGCCUCCUCGGCCUCGCCUCCUCCGGGCAAAGCCACCAUCCUCCGCCAGCAGCACGGAUCAGGUACAGAUCCUCUAUACGCUACAGACCCGUUCCUCUGUACGUUCCUGUUAAUGUUACAUAAGCUUGUACACUUAUUAUUAAACCACUGAUGGACUACUUUAUUCAAUAAUCCUCAGCCAAACAAAAAGGAACCUAUUUAAAAAAUGGAAAAAAGAAAAAAAGACCUCAUCAAGAACUAGGAACUUUAAAGAUGGACAGAGAGAGACUGGAAAAGAAGCAUGAUACAUUCUACGGGGGAGGGGUAAAGCAUAUUUUUUGGGACGUUACAGAAAGGUUGGUCACUUGAAAUGAUGCAUCUAGUUUCCAGAAUCUAUGGUAUAAACGCCCUGUUCCACACAAGGUAUCUAUGAUUUCUCUCUUUUUAUUUUUCCAACGUCUUUAUUUUCUACAAUGUUCCUCCAACGAUUAAUUUUGCACGAACUGUUGAACAGUUGCUUUUCUGAUGAAAUGUAAAGAUGUUGCGGGGGGGUGGGAUUGGGGCCAAAGUCCUUCUAAAGAAGGGCACUAUUUUUAGUAGAUGAUUGUGGUUAGCCUUUUUUUUUUUUUAAUUUCUUCUCUUCCCCUCCCCUUCUCUUUUUGAAUUAAAUUAUUUCUUUUCAAACCCUUGAUUUUUAAAAAAGGCACAUCUUACCAUAAUGAAUAUUCACUGUCAAUAAUAUUUAUUUUUAAAUAAAAUGAUUGGAAACAAUGUAGGACAUUUGUUUAUAAACCAUAUUGUAUAUUGCUGAAUAACAGUUGAAUUAAAAAAAAAGAGAUUUUGAAAUAUU